AUGAGUUUAAUCUCACGUGGACCAGCUCCAACAGCUGAAACAUCUCCAGUUAUGGGCGAAGUUUUAGGCAAGCAAAUCAAGAACUGCUCAUACGCCGACUGGGAAAGAAAAGUUAUCGAAUACCCAGAUGAAGACUACGCCAAGUACAGAGAUCGCGCCAUCAACCACAACGGCCCGUAUGGUGUCUUUCCAAUGACAGAGCAAGAGCAGAAGGAAGAACGUGAUUACAACUGGGCUAUGGUUGCCAAGUUCACAAAGAGCAUCUUUACAAUGAACUUCACACAGUUCAGCUUCCCAGUUUUCUACUCCGAGCCACGCUCAUUCCUUGAACGCACAGCCGACCUCUUCACAUUCCUUGCCCAGAAGUACAUCCCACAGGCCAAUGCUGCAACAGAUUCCAACGAGCGCCUCCUCAACAUCGCUACUGGUAUCGCUGCUGGCUUCCACCUCUACAUGGCCUGCAAGAAGCCAUGGAACCCAGUUCUCGGCGAGACAUACGUCGGCACAUACGAGAAUGGUGCUAAGAUCUACGGUGAACAGACAUCCCACCACCCACCAGUCUCAGACUUCGAAAUCAUCGGUCCAAACGACGAAUGGUACUGCCACGGCCACUGCAAGUUCACAAUUGCCUCUGGCAUGCGCGAAGUCGACAUCAACCAGACAGGUAUCUUCCACCUUAAGCUCAAGGACGGCACAGAAUACCAGUGGGAGUUCCCAAUGAUCCAGGUUUGGGGUAUUGUCUACGGUGACAGAAUCAUCGGCAUCAAGGGCCCAGUUGAGAUCAAGGAAUUCAAGGACGGCAAGGAGACAGGCCUCGUUUGCAAGCUUGAUACAAGCUCAAAGAAGAAUACAGUUAUUACAGCCACAAUCACACAGAACGGCUCCGCUGUUCCAGCCAAGCUCGAUGGUGACUACUGCAAGGAGAUCAAGCAGGGCGACAAGGUUUUAUGGGACAUCAAGCAGACAAUCGUUAAGCGUCCACUGGGCGAUGCCAAUGAAGAUGAACUCCUUCUUUCCGACUGCCGCUUCAGAAUCGACCGCUCAUUACUCAUCCAGAAGAACCUCGACGAAGCUGACAAGGGCAAGGUCAUCAUCGAAGAAUCUCAGCGCCGUGAAGAGAAGUUGAGAGUUUGCAUCCCGGCUCCACAAUAA